AACUGCUUCUGAUACUGUGAUUCAAACAGUGAUGGAUCAAUCAGCUCCUGUUUCUCUCAAUCAAGAAACUGAUGUGGAAACUGCAAUAGAAACUUCUCCUGAUUCUGCUCACAUGGAAUCUGAAUCUAUGCAAAAUAUCCAGAUUCAUACAGACAUGGAUCAAUCAUCUGCUGAUCCUCAAAAUCAAGAAACUGAAGUGGAAGCUGAAAUGGAAAUGGAGAAAUCACAAGUUGACAUCAACGUUGUAGCUUCUGAUAAUGUUGAGAUGGAAUCAAGUGUUAUAGCGUUGGCAAUUACUUUUUUGUUGGCAGGUGUGGUUGGAGUUGCGGUCUUAGUGUACAAGAGGUUUCCCGGCUCCUCACCUAACGUUGUGCAAGUGGAGCAAGUCGUGCCAGUUGAGAGCAACAACGGGAUGAAGGGGUUGCUAAAAGCAGCAACACUGAGGCUAUGGAGCAAGAGGAGGAAUAUUAUUCAGAGAGUUGGCAAACGGAAAUGAGCAGCAGCUAUCAUGAGAGGAGUGGUGGAGGAGGCGAAGUAGUGAGCUCGGAGAGGAAGGCUAGAAGGUAUUCGAAGAGGGAAUCGUUGGCUUCAUCCUCGGGGUCGCCUUCUUAUGGAAGCUUCACCACUUAUGAGAGGAUUCCCCCCAAGGCUAAUGGCUAUGGAGAGGAGGAGAUAAUGACUCCGGUUAGGCGAUCCAGCCGGAUUAGGAAGAAGGUCACCUAAGUGUUCUGCAUUAGAAGUAGAAAUACAAGUAGAAGUAUAAAUAGAAUUGUAGAGAAGUAGCAGUGUUGUGCAACACAUCUCUGAUGUGAAAACAGAAAUAGUCUAGUUUCAAAGUAAUGCCUUUGUACUGUGAAUUAGACCAUAUAGUCUAAGUCUACUAUUUUCAAGUUGGCUACAUUUAUAUUAUUCCGUAUGUUUCAUAAAA